GCGCCUCGAGGAAUAAAAAAACGACUUUCGUUCUCCCCGGGCGUGGCAUGAUUCGUUUCCCCAAUUCCGGCCUCUCUCUCUCUCUCUUUUUCUCGUGUUCCCAUUCCCUCGAAUUCUCCCCUCGUAAGUUUCGCGGUAGUCCGCCUUUUUCCACGAUCUCGUUGCUCAUCAACCGACACUGUCUUAUCGUUGUAUUAUCUCUCGCUUUGCGAGCCUCGCGAGGUGAAAAUAGAUUGUUCAAUCUACGGAUAGUAAUGAAAUAUUGACACAAGAAUGUUGUCGCAACGAAAGUAGAAAAAUUUGGAGCUAUCUUUACAAGUAUGGAAAAGAGAGGCAGCGCAGAACUUCUUAGUGCAGAACAAAGUAACUCGAAGAAUGCCAGUUCAGAUUCUCUCAACUCGGACAGCAAGAGCAGUUCACUUAAUUCAAAAAUGGGCCAAGAAUCGGAGAGCUGGGAAAAAGCAUCGCAUUCAAAAAGUUUUUCCUCAAGCUCUACUUCAACAGAUAAUAAUAUAGUCUCUGCUCUGGAAGCUAAAAAAGAUAAUCAAGUAAAAAAUUUAUCUGGAGGAGACACGGGACCACCACUUCUGAAUGGAGAGCGGAUGCAAGGCAUUCCACACGAAGUUACAUAUUUAUGUCCUUAUUCGGGACCUGCCAGAGGAAUUCUUAGCGUAACAAACUACAAGCUCCAUUUUCGUAGUAUAGAUCGAGAAACGCCUUACAUUGUCGAAGUGCCGUUGGGCGUUGUUAGCCGAAUCGAAAAAGUUGGUGGUGCAUCGAGUAGAGGGGAGAAUUCUUACGGAAUAGAAGUAUUUUGUAAAGACAUGAGGAAUCUCAGAUUUGCACACAAGCAAGAGAAUCAUUCUAGACGAGAUGUGUUUGAAAAACUGCAACAGUAUUCUUUUCCAUUAUCUCACAAGUUACCUUUGUUUGCCUUUGAAUAUUCUGAAACGUUCUCUGAAAAUGGUUGGAACGUUUACGAGCCUAUUGCAGAAUUGAAGAGAAUGGGUGUAAAUAAUGAUAUGUGGAAAAUAUCCAAAAUCAAUGACACGUAUUCACUGUGCGACAGUUAUCCAGCUGUCUGGGCAGUGCCUGCUGCAGCUACUGACGAGGAUCUUCGAACAUCCGCGUCUUUUAGAAGUAGAGGUAGACUGCCAGUCCUCUCGUGGAUUCAUCCAGAAAGUCAAGCGACAAUAACUCGUUGUGCACAGCCACUGGUAGGUGUCGGUGGGAAACGGAGUCGCGAGGACGAAAGGUAUGUCCAGCUUAUAAUGGACGCUAACGCACAAAGUCACAAACUCUUCAUUAUGGAUGCACGGCCGAUGCCGAACGCGAUAGCGAACAAGGCGAAAGGCGGCGGAUACGAGAGCGAAGACGCUUAUCAGAACGCGGAAUUGGUUUUUCUCGAUAUUCACAAUAUUCACGUCAUGAGAGAGAGUCUCAGAAAAUUAAAAGAAUUAUGUUUCCCCACAAUCGAUGAAGCUCGAUGGUUGUCAGGCAUAGAAUCGACUAUGUGGCUCAAACAUAUCAAAUGUGUUCUUGCUGGGGCCGUAAGAAUUGUGGAUAAAGUCGAGAAUCACAAGACUUCCGUUUUGGUUCACUGUUCCGAUGGUUGGGAUCGAACAGCACAGCUUACAGCUCUCGCCAUGCUAAUGUUAGAUCCAUAUUAUAGAACGGUCAAGGGAUUCGAAGUUCUAAUAGAAAAGGAGUGGCUUAGUUUUGGACAUAAAUUUCAACAGAGGAUAGGCCAUGGAGACGAACAUCACAGCGAUGCAGAUAGAUCGCCGGUAUUUCUACAAUUUAUUGAUUGCGUAUGGCAAAUAACACGGCAAUUUCCGAACGCUUUCGAAUUCAACGAACAUUUCCUAAUUACCAUUGUCGAUCAUCUCUACUCUUGCAGAUUCGGCACGUUUUUAUUCAGCAGUGAACGCGAAAGAGUACAAGAGCAAGUGAAGCAAAGAACAGUCUCUCUCUGGUCGUAUACUAACAGUCAAUUGCCUCUCUAUCUAAAUCCUCUUUAUCGGUCUGGCACGAAUUAUCAACUUGUCCUAAUGCCAAUCGCCAGUAUGCGGUACAUCAAACCGUGGAAGAGUCUGUACUGCAGAUGGAAUCCCAGCAUGCGGCAGCAGGAUCCGGUCUAUCAAAGAAUAAGGGAGCUUCUAGUCUUAAAAGAGCAACUCGAAAAACAGUUGGAGGAAGGCCGGCGCGAACAGGCUUCUCGAGCGAAUCGGUCUGUAACUUCGCCAGCACCGCCCAGAAUACAUUCCCCGGUUCACACAUAGCGCCGCUGGAAACUUGGAUCAUCUGAUAAUCUUUGUAGUUUUGUAAAUGAUCUGUAAACUCUUCGUCUACUUUGAUUCUACUUAUACUUGAGCCAUAAGAUAUUUUGACUGAUUCCGCCUGUGGAUGCUAUGUAUAAUACGCCCACACUCGAUAAAGAUAAAUCUAGACUCGUA